GAUCCAGCACUGUCCAGACCUCACAGCCUGAUGUUUAAAACUACAUCCAGUGAUUACGGCGCUCGACCCGCGACGCUGGAAUCCUCACCCUGUUCCUAUCACCCCAUCUCCCAGACCUUCUCGCAGCACCUGGGACUGUGCGGGAUGUUCCAGGACAACUCAUUUAACACCAGCCUUGACCACAGUCAUCUCUACAUCCCCAAUUACAAAGCUCUGUUUAAAGGACAGUGACCAAAACACACCUGCAGGGCUCAUUUGAGUAUAUCUACACUGGGAAAAACUAAUUAAUUAACUCUUGUAUGCUGUUGGUUGUUUUCAUUCACUCUUAAUUGGUCCACUUCUUUCUCUGUUUCAGCAACUGGAAUGAUGUUUGGUGGCAAAUCUUAUUUUGACAUGCACAUAUUUUGGGAAAAUGCUUUGAAAAUUGUCAAACGCUCAACAAUACACUGUAGGUAAAUUUUCUGCCCUUUCGUUAUGUUGAUGGCUGUUUUUGUCCCAUUAUAAUCACGUUUUUUGAUUGCAAAGCCUUGGCAGCGAGUAAUUCUUGAUUGUUGGGAAGAGCUACAACUUGUAAUUUUUACCGUACAAAUUAUUACCACAUACUGGCCCAGAAAUUAGCGGAUUUCUUUUAAACCCAAUGUAUUUAUAUUAGAAUAAAAAAUAUAAAUAAAAAAACUGUUUUUAAAAAAAAA